CUCUUUGGCGGCACAAGCCUAUUCUCCAUGGCAGGCUAAUGCACCUCUCCACUUCACAUUCGCAGGCUGCGGUACAGUAUAUCGUGGCUCUUUCACAUCCUCUCAUCAGAUCAUAUACUCUCCAAUGACACUUUAAACCUCUCCGAUUCGCUAUAAUAUCUUUUCCCUUCCUUCUCCGUAUAUGCAAUCUUUAAUGGAUUUGAGGAAGCUUGCAAUCAUCAAACCCACCUUUCUUUAUCCUCCCGUUACACGCCCUUUGACCUGUUUCACAUCCACAACCCAACAACGACACCAAACGCAUCCUCAAGAGCCUCCGUUGCAGCCACAGACCCGAGAAAAAUCUUCAAAUAAGAGUUUAACCAAUUUGGUAUUUGCUCUUCUCUCUAAUCGUCGUUUUAAAUAUUCUAAAUGUGAAAAACUCCUGCAGCAUUUGACUCCGCAAGAGUUCGAUCAAUGUUUCCUUGAUAUUCGACCAAAUGUGAAUCCCCAAACCACUCUAAAAUUCUUUCAAUUUGCAUCUAGUACUCGUAAUUUUCGUUUUACAGUACGUUCUUAUUGCCUUUUGAUUCGGUUGCUAGUUUCUUCUGAUAUUUUAUCAGCUGCGAGAUUGCUUCUUAUUCGUUUGAUUGACGGGAAGCUGCCAGUUCUCUAUGCCAAUGAGUUUGAGAGGAGGCAUAUUGAGAUUGCAAUGACAAUUGUAGAUCUACAUUCGGGGUUUGGGCCCGUUGUUGUAGUUAAAUUAGCUGAUUUGAUUAUACAUAUUUAUUGUACACAAUUUAAACAUCUAGGUUUUGAUGUGGCUUUUGAUGUGUUUAGUUUAUUGGCCGGUAAGGGUUUGCUUCCUUCUAUGAAGACUUGCACUUUUUUGUUGAGUUCUUUAGUGAAAGGUAAUGAGUUGAAAAAGAGCUAUCAAGUGUUCGAUAUGAUUUGUAAUGGUGGUGUCACUCCAGAUGUUUACUUGUUUAGUACCAUGGUUAAUGCCUUUUGCAAGGGAGGCAGACUGGAGGAUGCCAUUGAAUUGUUUCUUAAAUUGGAAAAGAUGGGUACUGCUCCAAACGUUGUCACAUAUAAUAAUAUUAUUCAUGGCUUAUGCAAGAAUGGCAGAGUAAAUGAGGCAUUUCAAUUUAAAGAAAAGAUGGUAAAAGAGAGGCUGAACCCAAGUGUAGUGACUUAUAGCAUUCUAAUUAAUGGGUUGGUAAAGUUGGAGAGAUUUGAUGAAGCUUACUGUGUCUUGAAGGAAAUGUAUGACGGAGGUUUUGCGCCAAACAAUGUUGUCUAUAACACAUUAAUUGAUGGGUAUUGUAGGAUAGGUAAUAUUAGUCAGGCACUGGAAGUAAGAGAUACUAUGGUAUCCAAGGGAAUAAGUCCCAAUUCGGUUACUUUUAAUUCAAUUGUACUAGGCCUUUGCAAGAGUAAUCAAAUAGAACAUGCUGAAUGCAUUUUGGAGGAAAUGCUAUCGAGAGGUUUAGUGAUAAACCAGGGUGCAUUUACUUCAGUUAUUCAUGGGCUAUGUUUGAAGUCUAGGUUUGAUUCUGCACUAAGGUUUACUAGGGAGGUGCUAUUAAGAAAUUUAAAGCCCAAUGAUGGUUUGCUGACCACACUGGUUAGUGGGCUGUGUAAGGUUGGUAAGCAAUCAGAGGCAAUAAAACUUUGGUUUAGUCUAUUGGAGCAAGGUUUCACAGUCAAUAUAGUUACUUCAAAUGCUCUCAUUUAUGGACUUUGUGAGGCUGGUAACGUACAAGAAGCUGCUAAGCUUCUAAAGGAGAUACUAGCGAGGGGUUUAAUAUUGGACAAAAUCUCAUACAACACACUUAUAUUAGGGUAUUGCAAGGAAGGAAAAGUUGAGGAAUGUUUUAAACUUAAGGAAGAGAUGAUAAGAGAAGGAAUUCAGCCAGACAUACAUACUUACAAUUUGCUAUUGCAUGGGCUUUGUAAUAAAGGCAGACUAGAAGAAUCUUGCAUGCUUUGGGAUGAAUGCAAAAGAAAUGGUCAUGUUCCAAAUGUUUAUACAUAUGGAGUCAUGAUUAAUGGAUACUGUAAAGCCAACAAAAUUGAAGAGGCUGAAAACUUGUUCAGAGUGAUGCUUACUAUGGAAAUGGAGCUCAACUCUGUUGUUUACAAUACACUAAUCAGAGCAUACUGUAAAUCUGGGAACAUGAUGGAAGCUUUUAGACUCCGUGAUGACAUGAGAAAUAGAGGCAUCCCUUUAACUUCUGCCACGUAUUCUUCUCUUAUAAAUGGACUCUGCAAUAUUGGCCUUUUAGAUGAUGCAACUCACCUUCUUGAUGAGAUGAGGAAGGAGGGCUUGUUACCAAAUGUUGUCUGCUAUACUGCACUUAUUGGUGGUUAUUGUAGGCUAGGGCAGAUGGAUAAAGUUGAUAAUGUCUUGCAGGAAAUGUCUUUUCAUAAUAUACAUCCUAAUAAAGUCACCUAUACUAUCCUGAUAGAUGGAUAUUGCAAAAUGGGAAAUAUGAAAGAAGCAGCUAAGCUUGUGAAUGAGAUGGCUGAAAAAGGAGUUGUUCCAGAUGCUGUCACUUACAAUGCACUUACAAAUGGUUUUUGUAAGGAAGGGAAGGUAGGGGAAGCUUUUAAAGUAUGUGAUCAUAUGUCCUCUAGUGGAGUAUGUUUAGAUGACAUUACAUAUACGACAUUGAUUGAUGGGUGGCAUCAGUCAUCUGCAGUUAAAAAUCAAGAAUGAUUCUGAACUGUUGGAUGUUUAACUGUACCUGGGAUGCUGUUGUCUCUAAAACGGUUGAUAUUUCAUCAGCUGAAUAAAAUGAAAGCUGAUUGUUUGCCAUGGAGAAUAUUCUAUCAUGUUCUCUUUUAAACCCAAUUGCUAUCAUUGAAUUUCAGAGGAUGGUCUUGGCUCACUGCAUCCACAAAUUUGGCUUAAGAUUUGGUACUUUCAUGAUCCAGAUAAUUUUUGUGUGUAUACUGGAUAUCUAACAUCGGAGUUCCCCACCACGAUAAUAGAGAAAGAAAGAAAAAGAAAAGAAGAAGAUGGAGAGAAGAGAGAACUGUGUAGAUGCCAACAUGAUCAGCGGGCAACUUGGGAGGGUUAUGAUUACUUUUCAACCUUACCAGGUUAUACAUUUUUGCCAGUUCCUGCCAAGAAUUAUUGGCAUUGCUGACAUUAUCUGGUGUAUGGAACAGAACAAAACAUUGUUGAUUUACCUCAUGAAAGUGAUUUUCGAGAAUCCCAAAUUCCAACAAAACUAGGCCAUUCCUAAUGAAUAAAGAACUUGAAGAACAUUGCAAGAAAGAAAUUCAAUAUCUUUUACAUAAAGGAUUGAUCUCAAUCUAGGUCUCGUUGGAGUUAUGCUGCAAUCUGUGUUAACAGAUAGUUCAUGUGAGAGUAAUAAAUGUUGCUAAAAAGCAGAGAGGCUCAUUUACCUUCGAAGUCCUGGACAUACAAGACCGCAACUUAACAUGUUCAGCUACUGAAAGACUUCUGGAGUAAGCCUUACGCCCUAAUGCCCUGAUUUAAAAGACUAGCACAGAUUUCAAGAUUUGGAUACAACCAAGACCAGUGGAAACCGGUGGAGAUUUAUGGAAAUAUAACAUUAGAGUUGAAGAUGGCUAUCUGACAUCGGUUCAAAGAUGGGGUCCGACUCUAGGGUAGCAGCUAGUUCUGGCCAUAGGAUGGCGGAUAUAGUCCAUGAGCCGUCACCUUGAGCACUCGAUCUUUGAUUCAUGUAUCCAACUCCUAUUUUUUGUAUGGUUGAACAGACUGUGCCGAGUACUGGGCUUCCAAAUCCAAAGUUGAUUUCAGCGACUGGGAACCUCCUCCCUGAUGAUAAGACGAGAGCUGGACCACCCCGACCUAACACAAUAUU